GUUUGCUGCGACGUCACCGCGCUGUCGCUCAAUCAGUGACGUGGAUUUUCAUUGAGGCAAUCAGAGCUUCCAAAAUAACAGACUGACUAACGUGUCAGAGCUUUUCCAACAACUUUCUUCAUCUUUUCAGGUCGGACUACUUCUCUUCUUUCAUUCCUCUGUCACGUCUUCAUCAAGCUUGUGUCACAACUUUCAUAUCCGGGUGUUUCCACAGAGAGUCCAGGAUGAGUAAAAACAGCAAAGUGUUGAACCUGAAGGAUAAAAUCAGCGGUAAUGAAGUGGACCUGAGCCUGUGUAACCUCGCUGAGGUGCCAGUCAGAGAGCUGGCGUUUUUCACCAAAGCAACUGUUCUGGACUUGUCCUGCAACAACAUCACCUCCCUUCCUCCAGAGUUCUGCAACCUGACACACCUGGUGAAGAUUGAUCUCAGUAAAAAUCAGCUGACCUGUUUGCCAGACGACCUGGGGAACCUGAGCUACCUCCAACAUCUGGAUCUGUACAACAACAAGCUGACCAACCUUCCUGUCAGCUUCUCUCAGCUCAGGAGUCUGAAGUGGUGCGAUCUGAAGGAUAACCCAUUGGAGCCCGACCUGGCCAAGGCAGCAGGAGACUGCCUGGAUGAGAAGCAGUGCAAACAGUGUGCCAUCAAGGUUCUGCAGCACAUGAGAGGGAUCCAGGAUGAGGUUGAUCGUGCACGAGAGAAACGCCUUUUAAAGGAAAAGGAGCAAGAGAGGAAGAAGGAGGUCAAGCAGAGGGAGCGGGAGGCCAGGGAGAAGGAGGCUCGUAAACGGGAGAAGGCGGAGGAGAAGGAGAAGAGGAGGAAAGAGUACAACGCUCAGGUGGCGGCCACGGCUGCGCGGGAACAACAGAAGAAGAAGAACGAAGAGAAAAAGAAAAAGAACGGACAGGCAGCAGCAGAUAAAAAGGUUGUUGAAUCGGCACCUAAACCUCGACGCUCUCUCAUUGGCCUCGUGUUCAAGCUCCUCCUUCUGCUGUGUCUGGGAUUGGCUGGAGUUGCGGCUGCAUGCCGGUUGACUGACCUGCGAAAGGAAGACAUGUGCGUGCCGGUCAACGUCGCUGUGGACGAUGGUCUAUCCUGGGCCAAAGAGCAGGAGGGUGUGGUCAGGCAGCUGGUGUCAAACCUGUCCUCUGCAGCGAAGGAGUUCCUCGAGUCCACACAGGCUUCUAAAAAUUAAAACUAUCAUCUGUCGCCAUCAGCUUCAGGAGCUGCAGGUUUUUCCUCCCUAACCUGUAAAUACUGGGAUUUUUCUUUUUUUAAUAUGUUGAAUUCAUAAAUCUCAUCGAGACGGGCAUUCCUGCAUCCCCUCACCGUGUUCGUGGUGCUGGAGAGUCUGUGCAGAAAAAUGAAGGGGGGUGGACAGAUGUGUUCAAGUCAUCUUAAAUUCCUAUGGAAUUGUUGUCACUCUUGUACCCUCUUUGUACUACAGCCUGUUUUUUUUAAAAUAAACUCCUCUUGAAUGUCUCCCUGCCCACCAUGUUUGGCACUUUGACCUCCACCCUGAGUUGGUGCGUGUGUGUCUCUGUGCUCCACAUGGGGAGCUCGGGGAGUAUUUGAGUGAUGUCAAGUGAAAACGUCAGGUGAACCCUGUCCGUGCUGCACUAGAGCGCCCAGUCACAUGUGAACUGCCGGUCUGAGUCGUGCUUCAGCCAGUGAUGAUGUGGCAGUCUGAGCAUGUGCAGCGAAGGCUGUGAAUGUAGAGCUCACUCGUCUGUGAUCUCCUCCUUUAGUCUUAUAUCAGUGAAACCAGCUCAAUCUCACAGCUCAUCUCCACCUGAACAAUCUAAACUACAAACUGAAACACAAACUUUGAGUGUUAUCACUAAACUACAAACGUGUUACAUGUCUGCGAAGAUACGCCAAAGAACCUUUAACACAAAUCAGAAAACAUCAGUCCCGUUAUGAUGCUCGAUUCAGAAAUAAUGGUGCUAUUUUACUGACCAUAGACUGAUCCAUUAACUGACUUUCCACUCUUGCCUUUGUUAAAAAAAUAGGCAAAUAAAUUCCUUUAGAUUUAAUUUAAACUCAAAAAAUGAUUUUUAUUUAUUAGCCUCAAAACCUGGAUCACUCAGGCUGUAACCUACAACAUUAGCAGUGCACGGACUGUUUAAAGGACCAAACUGAUGGUCCUUUUGCAUGUGUUAGCCCUUCCUAUCCAAAACGCAAUUUAACACCCUUUAUAAAACUCAUCGUUGUAUUUCAGACUGGUGGAUGUGUGUUUCAAAGAUCCCUUUAUUCAUUCUAAUCCAUCUUUUUCUGCAAACUUAUCAAAAGACUCUUGAAACUGAAGAUGCAGAAUUCAUCACGCUGAACUUGUGUGAAAGUGUGCAGCAGUUUAUUUUUUAUGGAACAGUAAAACUAUUUAAUGAGAUUAUGCAGUGCACAGAUUCCAACUCAUAUUUGCACCUCAAUGGCAUUACUGCAAAUUAAACUGAACUUUAACACAACUGUAUCCAGACUUUGAUGAGUGGUGCGAUUACACUCCUGUGCCAAGUUUCAAAAGUCAGUUUGUAACUAAACAGACACAAAAGAAAGCAGUGCCUGAAUAGAAUACAACAGCAUCAUUUGCUUUAAUAAAAAAGUACAUCUUUUAUUUCGGUGUUAUUUUCCAACGAUAUUUUACAUUAAAAAAGUGAAAUGGUCCUUUAAAAAGAGCACUGCAGCUCCAGCUGUUAAUUCUCCCUCUAUCUGUAAUCACAGGUGUUUGUAUCAAACUAGCCAGCCAAAGUCUGAAACGUCUUUCUUCUUACAGUCAUUAAUUUAUGAGAUGAGUUCAACCGUCUUAUUUGACAGUUCUUUGGGUUUAACAGGACGCUUCAGAAAUACGACUUCUUUCCCUUCAUCGGGGUGUGUCUGUGUAAAAAGCUGCCUUUGCUGCUGUGGUUCUUGUACAGCUCUGUUCACGCUCAAACACUGUCAGCAUCAAUAAAUGGCUAUGCACCGCAAGAUAUUCA